CUAGUAAAGGAGGCAUUGCUUUGAACCAAUGCCUCCCUCUCCGUCUUGCGCUGCUUUCGGCUAAACUUGGCUAAGCAAUACUCGGCCAGCAGGCAACCGCGGGCAGUGAGAUUUCAAAGAUGGUGGACUACAGCAAGUGGAAAACAAUCGAGGUGUCGGAUGAUGAGGACGACACGCACCCGAACAUUGACACGCCGAGCUUGUUUCGAUGGCGGCACCAGGCACGCGUCGAACGGAUGAACGAGAUGAAGAAAGAACGGGAGGAGUUCAACAGGAGGAAGGCCAAGCACGACAAGAUGCUGCUGGAGGCCCGCAAGCGAUGCGAGGGCAAGACAGGCAAGGACCUGGAGCAGGCAAAGCGCGACGUCGCCAAGCUCGAGAGGAAGGACAAGGAGCUGCGCAAGGAGCAGGAGGAGUUGGACAAAAAGGAGAAGCUGGCACCUUGGAACGUUGAUACUAUCAGCAAGGAAGGUUUUCAAAAAACGAUUCUGAACAAGCCAAAACCAAAGGAGGAAGCCGUCUUGACGGAAGAAGAAAAAGAACAGACACAGAAAAAAUUUGUAUCGGAGAAUGAGUCACUCCUGAAGCAGUUCGGGAUGCUGCAGAAGUAUGAAGACAGCAAGCGCUUCCUCCUGGAGCACCCGCACCUGGCGAGCGAGUACACGGCCAACUACCUGGUCCUCUGGUGCAUACGACUCGAAAUGGAUGACAAACACGAGCUCAUGUCCCACGUCGCCCACCAGUGCAUCUGUGUGCAGUACGUACUGGAGCUUGGCAAGCAGCUCGAAGUGGACCCGCGAUCCUGCAUUUCUUCGUUCUUUACGCGCAUUCAGAUGGCUGACCAGCAGUACAAGGACGCCUUUGAAGAUGAACUGAAGGGAUUCAAGGAACGUGUCCAGCUGCGAGCCCGAGAGAAGCUGGAAGAAGCAGUCAAGGAGAUCGAAGAAGUGAGUGUCAGUGAGUGUGAAGAAGAAGAACGGCAGCAGAGGCUAGGACCUGGCGGUCUUGACCCAGUCGAGGUGUUCGAGACCCUGCCUGAGUCGAUGCAGAAGUGCUUCGAGUCUCGCGACCUAGACAUGCUCAAGGAAGUCAUCGCCAGCAUGCCCGAGGAAGAGGCCAGGUACCACAUGAAGCGCUGCGUCGACUCUGGCCUCUGGGUGCCUGACGCCAAAGCUGCGGAGGCAUCGGAGGCGUCGGCACCGCUGGAGGCGUCCUCCGAGACUUCGGGUGCGGAGUGAAGGAAGGAGGACCGCAACAAAGAUGAUGUCAUGAAUCGAAUGAGGCCAACACAAGCAAAGAAAUGCACAGAAACAGAAAAAAAUUUUGGAUGCCUGGAGACGUCCUUUUGCCGAGUUCAACGAGAUACAAUACAUGGACACAAAUUUACUGCUUGUUUCUUUACAGUUUGUUUCGUUUUUGCAAUGUACAUAGAAAGUGUCAAGAUUUUUCUUUCUCUCUCUUUUUUUUUCUCACUUUGCCAACACUUGGUAGGAACGUGUUUGCUGUUUUACCUUUGAGGAGUUUCCGCAUACGGAAAAGAAAAGGCUAACGAGGACGACAGAUCGUUACUGGUAGCCAGGAAAGUGAGCAUCACAGCUUUUUUAUUUUCACACAUGGAGGUAACUUGCCAGAAAACAUGCGCCUUUCUGUGUGGAACUGUGUCGUGCUUCCUAGAAAAUGGUCCACAAUUAAACUGCUGCUGCGAUUUCAGAGAAUCGAAACUGGCGGGCCGUGUAAAUUUUUAUGUAAAAAACAUUUUCUUGCCGAAAUAAAGUUGCACCACUCACGUA